UUUUACAUAAACCUGAAAUCUCAGAAAUCAUGAGUAACUUCAGCAAUGAAGAAUUUGAAUUCACCUUCCUUGACGAAGGCUUUACUGCCAAGGAUAUCCUUGACCAAAAAAUAAAUGAAGUGUCAUCUUCUGAUGAUAAAGAUGCCUUCUAUGUUGCUGACCUCGGGGAUAUUGUGAAGAAGCACAUGCGAUGGCAUAAAGCCCUUCCUCGGGUAACCCCCUUCUAUGCUGUAAAAUGUAACGACAGCAAAGCUGUAGUGAAGACACUUGCUGUUCUUGGUGCAGGAUUUGACUGCGCCAGUAAGACGGAAAUACAGCUGGUACAGAGCAUUGGUGUACCUCCUGAGCGAAUAAUAUAUGCAAAUCCCUGCAAACAAGUAUCUCAAAUCAAACAUGCUGCCAGCAGCGGUGUACAGAUGAUGACAUUUGAUAGUGAAGUAGAACUAAUGAAAGUUGCAAGGGCCCAUCCAAAAGCCAAGUUAGUCUUGCGCAUUACAACUGAUGACUCCAAAGCAGUUUGUCGUCUGAGUGUUAAAUUUGGAGCUACGCUUAAGGCUAGCAGGCUUCUUCUGGAGCGUGCAAAAGAACUUGACCUUGUGAUCAUUGGAGUUAGUUUCCAUGUUGGAAGUGGAUGUACAGACCCAGAGACCUUUGUUCAAGCCAUUUCUGAUGCCCGCUGUGUGUUUGAUAUGGGAGCUGAACUUGGCUUCAAUAUGUAUCUGCUUGAUAUUGGUGGUGGCUUCCCUGGCUCUGAAGAUGUCAAGCUUAAAUUUGAAGAGAUCACAAGUGUAAUCAACCCAGCACUGGAUAAAUACUUUCCUUUGGAUUCUGGAAUAAAUAUUAUUGCAGAGCCAGGAAGAUACUAUGUUGCAUCAGCAUUCACGCUGGCGGUCACCAUCAUUGCAAAAAAAAUUGUAUUAAAAGAGCAAACAGGUUCUGAUGAUGAAGAUGAUGCAAAUGACAAAACUCUUAUGUAUUAUGUGAAUGAUGGAGUCUAUGGAUCAUUCAACUGCAUCUUGUAUGAUCACGCACAUGUUAAACCAGUUCUGCAAAAGCGGCCUAAACCAGAUGACAGCUGCUAUUCCUGCAGCAUAUGGGGACCAACAUGUGAUGGUCUAGAUCGAAUUGUUGAGCGUUUUAAUAUGCCAGAGUUGCAAGUUGGUGACUGGAUCCUGUUUGAAAACAUGGGUGCCUAUACUGUUGCAGCAGCUUCUACUUUCAAUGGAUUCCAGAGGCCAACAAUACACUAUGUGAUGUCAAGACCAGCAUGGCAACUAAUGCAGCAGAUCAAGGAGCAAGGGUUCCUAGCUGAAGUGGAAGAGCAGGAUGUUGCUAGUCUGCCACUCUCUUGUGCCUGGGAAAGCGGAAUUGAAUAUCCAGCAACUUGUGCUUCAGCUAGUAUUAAUGUAUAGGUAAUACUUAGUAAUUAACUGCAAGAUUAGUCAUUGAAUUUAGGGCAUUUGGGGGACCAUUAACUUAAUUCUUGCUAGAAUUUUUAAGUGUGUUUUUUUUAAAGUUUAGGUUUGGCAUAAAUGCAACAAAAAUGACUAGGAGAUGGGUCACAAUUAUCUGUGUUCCUAUGGAAACUAUUUGAAUAUUGUUUUAUAUGGAUUUUUAUUCACUUUUCAUGUAUGCUACUAAAGACUGACCCUCAACUGUCAAACAAGUAUUUGUAGCUUGUGUAUGGCAGAACGGGCUAAGCUUAGUGUUCUGUGACCUACUUGUUUUAAAAUAAAGUAUAUUGAAAUAA